GAGCCAGACCCAAGAACUGCCCAACUGCCACCCCCUGCUCAGAUAAGGAGAAGCUUCGACUCAGGGGAGGAGACAGCGUGUGCUCAGGCCGAGUGGAGGUUUGGCACGAAGGCUCCUGGGGCACAGUGUGUGACGAUUCCUGGAGCUUGGCAGAGGCUGAGGUGGUGUGUCGGCAGCUGGGCUGUGGCUCUGCCCUGUAUGCCCUGGGGGAGGCUGCCUUUGGCCCGGGCAAUGGAAGCAUCUGGCUGGAUGACGUGCAGUGCAAGGGUUGGGAGUCCUCCCUGUGGGCCUGUGCUGCACAGCCCUGGGGACAGAGCAACUGUAAGCAUGAGGAGGACGCUGGAGUCAGGUGCUCAGGUGAAAGGACAACAGUUCGCCCCCCUCCUGGAGGUAAGUGGUUCUCCUGCUCUGGGCCAUGCAAGAAAGGAGAGAUCCAGAUUUUCAGGGCCCUGCACCAUGGAAUCUGCCUUCUUCUUGCAAAAUGGAUUCACAAUACCUCAUUCAGGAAGCCUGACGACUGGGUGCUGUGA